AUGGAGAGUUACGAAGAAGCUUUUAGCUACAGCCGAGACAACAUCAUAAAUCGACUGGUAGAUGCCAUCCACAAGCUUGAGGAGUUCCCCUAUUUGUUCAACGAGGUUGCCGCCGACAUCCAACUUGCGGCCAGCCUGCUCGAAGCCAACGUCAAGGGCAAUGGUAAGCUCGAAGCCUCUCGGGUAGGUAGCGACGUGCCCGCUUGCUUUGAAAAUCGGUGUGAUAUGCUUCGAGAUGCCAUCUACCGGCAGGGCUCAUUCCUUGCUGGUCACUCCGGCCUUGUUGCCCACACAUGUAUCACGUUGGAUUAUUUUCGAAUUCAGGUCGGUAGACUGACCCUUCGAUCCCAGGUGAAUGACUCUUAUGCAGAGCUGAUGGAAAGAUAUGCUAGUUUGCGAGUGUCCAACGCAGAGACCCGUCAGCCAUUGGAGAAUGAGGCUGAGGAGGGUCAACUCAAGGCUAUUGAGAAGAAUUUUGACAUGUUGAACCAGGCGUUCCAUAACUGCAGCUGCAAACAGUGCACCAAGCGCCGGCUUAUUACGUGCUCAUGA